AUGUCUCAACACAACAAAGACAACCUCCCCACUCCCGGGCUGAAGCGCAAGCUAAAGACCCACACCAUUGAAACAAAGUUUCAAGUCAUUGCCGAUGUCGAAAGAGAUGGUACAGAAUUCUGUACAUCAUUCAACAACAUGUCUCAACACAGCAAAGACAAGCUCCCCACUCCCGGGCUGAAGCGCAAGCUAAAGACCCACACCAUUGAAACAAAGUUUCAAGUCAUUGCCGAUGUCGAAAGAGAGGAAGAAAAUGAGGACAGCAGCCUACAAAGAUACAGAAGAAGCCGCCCUCCAGUGGUUCAAGACAGCCAGGGACCAGAACGUGCCAGUCUCCGGGCCCCUACUCAUCGCCAAAAGUUGGGUGAUGAUUUUAAGUUUACUAUUGGGUGGCUGGAGCGCUUCAAGGGGCGUCACAGCAUCACCUUUAAACGUGUCUGUGGGGAGUCGAAAAGCGUUGCCGAUGGUACUGAUGCUAUGAAAGCUUGGGCCUCAAGCCUUCAGACCAUCUUGGCGGAAUACAGUCCCAGUGACAUCUUCAAUGCAGAUGAAACUGGGUUGUUUUUCCGUCUUCUCCCCGAUAAAACUCUCGAGUUUAAAGGGGUAGAUUGUCACGGCGGUAAGAACAGUAAAGAGCGUGUUACUGUUAUGGUGUGGUCAAACAUGUCAGGUAAUGAAAAGCUUCCACUUCUCGUAAUCGGGAAGUCAAAGAAGCCGCGAUGCUUUAAAGGCAUCAAAACCCUACCGACAGCAUACGAAGCCAACAAGAAAGCUUGGAUCACGUCUGAGCUCUUCACCGCAUGGUUGAAGCAGCUUGACCGCCGCUUCCAGAGACAGAAAAGAAAAGUCGCCAUGAUCGUUGACAACUGCCCCGCCCACCCCAAGGUUAAAGACUUGAAAGCCAUCACCCUGUUCUUUCUGCCGCCGAAUACCACCAGCAAGACCCAGCCUAUGGACCAGGGCAUCAUCCAGAAUUUGAAGAUCCACUACCGAAAGCUUGUCAUCAUGAAGCAGCUAGAGUCCAUCGAAAGAAACAAAGAACUACAGAUAACAGUACUUGACGCAUUACGGAUGCUAUACCAGGCCUGGGACAGAGUCACAGAGAAGACCAUCAAAACUGCUUCCGUCACGCCAACUUCGUAAGUGCCGCCAC